AGAAGAUUACCAUGAAGACGGGUUCUGUCAGCCAUACAGGGGAAUUGCGUGUGCACGAAUCAUUGGAAACAGGACCAUUUAUGUGGACUCCCUCCAGAUGCAAGGGGAAAUUGAAAACCGAAUUACUGCUGCGUUUACCAUGAUUGGUACUUCCACACAUUUGUCGGAUCAGUGCUCACAGUUCGCUAUACCAUCCUUCUGCCACUUUGUGUUUCCCCUGUGUGACGAGCGCUCUCGGACCCCUAAGCCACGAGAGCUUUGCCGGGAUGAAUGUGAAGUUCUGGAGAAUGAUCUCUGUAGGCAGGAGUACAACAUCGCUAGGUCAAACCCCCUCAUCUUGAUGCAGCUACAGUUGCCUAAGUGUGAGGAUCUCCCACGACCUGACACCUUGGAAGCUGCCAACUGCAUAAGGAUCGGGAUCCCUGUGGAGAGACUGAGCCGAUAUCACCAGUGCUACAACGGUUCUGGAGUGGACUACAGAGGGACGGUCAGCGUUACAAAGUCUGGCCACUCUUGUCAACUCUGGGACUCCCAGAGUCCCCACAGCCAUGAUCUGACAAGCACACAGUUUCCAGAGUUAGGUGGAGGUCAUGCGUAUUGCCGAAAUCCCGGCGGUCAGAUGGAUGGGCCAUGGUGUUUUACAAAGAAUAAAAACGUACGCAUGGAACUGUGUGACAUACCUUCUUGUAGUCCACGUGACAACAGUAAAAUGGGAAUCCUCUACAUCCUGGUUCCCAGCAUAGCCAUCCCUCUGGUUAUCGCCUGCCUUUUCUUCCUGGUCUGUAUGUGCAGAAACAAGCAGAAGGCAUCUGCUGCUACACCACAGAGGCGCCAGCUGAUGGCAUCUCCUAGCCAGGACAUGGAAAUGCCACUCAUUAAUCAACACAAACAGGCUAAACUUAAAGAAAUCAAUCUGUCCACUGUGCGGUUUAUGGAGGAAUUAGGAGAGGAGAGAUUUGGCAAAGUCUACAAGGGGCAUCUCUUUGGUACAGCACCAGGUGAACAGACACAAGCUGUUGCUAUCAAGACACUUAAAGACAAAGCAGAACUGGCUCUUCGGGAAGAAUUCAAACAUGAGGCAAUGAUGAGAUCACGAUUACAGCACCCAAACAUUGUUUGUUUGCUGGGAAUAGUGACAAAGGAACAACCCAUAAGCAUGAUUUUUAGUUAUUGUUCCCACAGUGACCUCCAUGAGUUCUUGGUGAUGAGAUCUCCCCAUUCAGAUGUUGGCAGCACUGACGAUGACAAGACAGUAAAAUCCACCCUGGAACCAGCAGAUUUUUUCCACAUCGUGACUCAGAUAGCUGCAGGAAUGGAGUAUCUUUCAAGCCACCACGUUGUCCAUAAGGACUUGGCCACUAGAAAUAUACUGGUGUUUGAUAAACUGAAUGUGAAAAUAUCUGAUUUAGGCCUUUUCAGGGAAGUUUACGCUGCUGAUUACUACAAACUGAUGGGAAAUUCCCUUCUUCCUAUCCGGUGGAUGUCCCCUGAGGCUAUUAUGUAUGGCAAGUUUUCUAUUGAUUCAGAUAUAUGGUCAUAUGGAGUUGUGUUGUGGGAAGUUUUCAGCUAUGGCCUGCAGCCUUACUGUGGUUAUUCUAACCAGGAUGUCAUCGAGAUGAUCAGGAACCGACAGGUUUUGCCAUGUCCUGACGACUGCCCCACAUGGAUAUACACUUUGAUGUUGGAGUGCUGGAAUGAAUUUCCCAACAGAAGACCAAGAUUUAAAGAUAUACACAACAGGCUAAGAACAUGGGGAAACCUUUCUAAUUACAACAGUUCAGCGCAAACCUCUGGAGCAAGCAACACCACGCAAACAAGUUCUCUCAGCACAAGCCCAGUUAGCAACGUCAGCAAUGCUAGGUACAUUGGACCAAAGCAGAAAACUCCAGCUUUCCCUCAACCGCAGUUCAUACAAAUGAAAGGGCAGAUGAGACCGAUGGUCCCACCUCCUCAGCUCUACAUUCCAGUCAAUGGUUACCAGCCAAUGCCUGCCUAUGGUGCUUACUUGCCAAAUUUUUACCCCGUCCAAAUUCCAAUGCAAAUGGCUCCUCAGCAGAUGCCUCCCCAGAUCAUUCCCAAACCAGGCUCCCACCACAGUGGGAGCGGAUCCACCAGCACAGGCUACGUAACAACUGCGCCUUCCAAUGCGUCGGUGGCCGACAGGGCUGCUCUGCUCUCGGAGGGCACAGAUGACACGCACAAUGGAACAGAAGACAUCGCCCAGAAUCCCGUCCAGGAGGAGGAGGAAGAGGAGGGCUCUGUGCCUGAAACAGAGUUGCUGGGUGAUAAUGACACACUUCAGAUGGACGAAGCAGAAAUUCAAUCAGAAGCCUAAGGAAUCUGCCCUCAUUACUAAGAAUUUCACAUCACUUCCAUGCAUGGAGACUGUAGAUCCUUAGGCUUAAUAGCAGUGAUUUUGAUCUGACUAAAAGAAACAAAACUAAAAAACCUAUACCCAUGUAAAGUGCAGCAGUAAUGAUAUACCAGGUUUAUUGACCAUUGCCGCCAUCAGAUUUUGCAAAUAUGAUGGUAUAGAAUAGCUGGGUUUAAUCUUUUUUUACUGUCCUACAGUUCUUGAGGGAAGCUGCUUUUCGGUUAUGUACUGUUGCUGUGCAACAUAUUGCAGAGUAGCAUUGCACAUCAUGUAUAUCAUGAUAUGUGAGUGUAAUGUUAGUGAAUUAUGCUUAAACCAAUAACACAAAAAGGAAUCCAACUAUGGUUGCAGAAUUGCUCUGAGCAUAAAGAAGUGCCCUGGAUGUGAUGGACAGCUUAGUUUAUAGUAUUUAUCUCUUUGAUAUAAUGGACACGAGAUUGUUGUUUGCUUUUUG